CGCCGUCGUUUUGCUUUUCCAGGAAAGCAGAGAGAUUACAGCAGCGAAUCCAAUCCCCCCCCACUUUCUCCAUUCACUCUAAACCCUAGUGGUCAGUUUCUCUGCCUUUUUUCCGUUUGCUCUCCAAACCACGACGGCGGCGGCGACGGUGACUCCAACUCCAACGGCAGCAACCAUGGCGACCUACGAUCUGACUCCCCGCAUAGCUCCCAAUCUCGACAGGCACUUGGUUUUCCCGCUUCUGGAGUUUCUCCAGGAGCAACAGAUGUACCCCGAUGAAGAGAUCUUGAAGGCCAAAAUCGAGCUCCUCAACAAGACCAACAUGGUCGAUUACGCCAUGGACAUCCACAAGAGCCUCUACCACACCGAAGACGUCCCGCAAGAUAUGAUUGAGCGGAGGGUGGAGGUCGUGGCGAGAUUGAAGUCCCUGGAGGAAGGUGCGGCGCCGUUGGUGGCUUUUCUGCAGAAUCCUAGCGCCGUGCAGGAGCUGAGAGCUGACAAGCAAUACAAUCUCCAGAUGCUUAACGACCGCUACCAGAUUGGUCCCGAUCAGAUUGAAGCAUUAUAUCAGUAUGCCAAAUUUCAGUUUGAAUGUGGAAACUACUCUGGUGCUGCUGACUACCUUUAUCAGUACAGGGCACUAUGCACUAACAGUGAAAGGAGCCUGAGUGCGCUCUGGGGAAAGUUGGCUGCUGAGGUACUGAUGCAAAAUUGGGUUGUUGCUGUCGAAGAACUUAAUCGACUGAAAGAAAUAAUUGAUUCAAAGAGCUUUUCUUCAGCACUGAAUCAGGUGCAAAGUAGAAUCUGGUUGAUGCAUUGGAGUCUCUUCAUUUUUUUCAAUCAUGACAAUGACAAGACUCAGAUUAUUGAUCUCUUCAAUCAGGACAAGUAUCUGAAUGCCAUCCAAACUAGUGCUCCACAUCUUCUCCGUUAUCUAGCAACCGCAUUCAUUGUCAACAAAAGAAGACGUUCCCAAUUCAAGGACUUCAUAAGGGUUAUCCAGCAGGAACAACAUUCUUACAAAGACCCAAUAACAGAGUUUUUGGCUUGUGUCUUUGUCAAUUAUGAUUUUGAUGGAGCACAAAAGAAGAUGAAAGAGUGCGAAGAAGUGAUCGUAAAGGAUCCUUUCCUUGGGAAACAAGUUGAAGAUGGAAAUGGUUCUACUAUGCCACUGAGAGAUGAAUUCAUGAAGAAUGCCCGUCUGUUUAUCUUGGAAACUUAUUGCCGGAUCCAUCAGCGUAUUGACAUGGGAGUGCUGGCAGAGAAAUUGAAUAUGGACUACGAAGAAGCUGAGAGAUGGAUUGUAAAACGCAUCCGGAACUCGGAGCUUGAUGCCAAGAUUGAUACCGAGACAGGAACUGUGAUCAUGGAACCCAAUCAUCCCAAUGUGUACGAGCAGUUGAUAGAGCACACCAAAUCACUGUCGGGACGUACUUACAAGUUGGCCAGCCAGCUGAUGGAACAAUCACCUGCCCAAGCUGCUAGAUGAUUGUAACGUUCUUGAUAGGAUUGUCUUUUGUACUGACAAUUUUGGUCGUUAGUUAUGGUCCCACCAGAAAUCUGAUUGAAUGCUUGAGAUUUUGCUCCCUCCGAGUUGUUGCUCGAGGCCGUUUGUUAGGAUUCAGUAAACUGGUUGAUUAAUU